UGGUACAUGACCCCCCAUGUACUCUUGGCUAGCAGUGCUAAAACAGUCAAGUAAGUUUCAAAUUUUCUUUCUUCAUGACAUUGUUGCCUGAUGUGAUGAUUGCAAGAGCAUGAAACUUGAAGUACUGUAGCAUCAAACACGCCUUCAUUGGCCUUGUUCUUCUGACAUACUAGUAAUAAUAAUGCCCUCAUUCAGGAGCAAAGAGCAGCUUCUUCUUUCGAUGUGAGUGUGUCCGUUUGCAUUUGUGUACACAGCGAAAAUAUGCAGUUUGUUGAAGCACUGACUUCGUAUUUUGAACAGCGUAGAAGUUCUGGAUUGACGAUUCUGGAGAGUAAAUGAAGCUGACUUCCCGGUGUACCAGCCAAUGCGAACGACGACAGUUGGCACCCAUCACCGUUCUGAUGACCAGGGAUGUGGCGCAAGUUGCCGAAUGCGAAAAAUGCGUUAUUGUUUGCGCUGGCUUUUUGCUGUGUUCUCCUAUUGGUGAGCCAGGGAGGGACCAGAACUCAGCCAGUUCAAGAAGCCGGCAGCUUUGUGGGCGAUGUUGAGCUCGCUCACUUCCGCAUCAAGUCGCUCAGCUCGCGCAGCCAGGAGCUGAAGCGCUCGAUCGCCGAGAUGCGUGCUUUCCUCGCUCAGAACGCCAAAAAGGUGGGACACUUGGAUCCAACGGCAGCUACUCUCUCCGGGAAACUGGGCGCUCUGGGCAGCGAUCUGCUUGACAACCAGCAACGUGGGUUCAAGAAUUCGAAAGCAGACGCCGACGCUGUUGUCGGUGUUCGGGCUGUUCAGCCGCAGCAGCAGCUAGAGCCAGUGAAACAGCAGGCGGUCGUCGCUGCCGGUGGUGGUGGUGGCAAUGCUGCUGGCGGUCUCGACACUCUACUGCACCAGUCCUCACAAAAGGUACUGGACACAGUGGCCGGCCUAGACCAUGUCUCUUCCAUGGCUGCACUCAACCCAAUACGCAAGACCAGCCAGGGUCGAUCAGGAGUGAGACUGGUGGUGGGCAUACCAACCGUACAUCGUAGUAAGCAGAGUUAUCUCCUCGCCACGGUACAGUCGCUCAUUUCCAACCUGGCCAUGUUUGACCCGACGGACAUCCUCUUCGUGGUCAUGGUGGCCGACACCGACAAAGACAAGGUGGACUUUGUUUUCUCGGAGAUGUCUUCCAAGCUCUCCGAGAACAUCCAAUCCGGUAUGGUUGAUGUUAUAGCCCCACCACCUGCUCUCUACCCGGAUCUGAAGAGCAUGAAGCCAUCGUUUGAUGACCCAAAAGACCGUGCCACGUGGCGUGUGAAGCAGGUCUUUGACUUUGCAUACUUGAUGAUGUAUGCGCGCUCGCGUGGUAUGUACUACCUGCAGGUGGAAGACGACAUCCAGGCCAUGCCCAACUACGCCACACACAUCGUCGAGCGUGCCAAGAAGGACAACACGUGGGACGUGCUGGAGUUCUCCUCCCUCGGUUUCAUCGGCAAGCUGUUCCGCUCCAACGACCUGACGGAGAUGGCACACUUCUUCCUGGCAAACGCGCCGUACAAGCCGGUGGACUGGCUGCUCGACGACUGGUUCUACGUGCGCUACUGUCAUCCGGAGAAGGACUAUAAGGAUUGUCGCAAUCGGAAGAAGGCACACCGUGUGCUCUUCAAGCCGUCGCUAUUCCAGCACGUGGGCCAGUACUCCUCGCUGGACGGCAAGAUACAGAAGCUCAAGGACAAGUCGUUCAAGCAGGAGAACCUGCCCUCGCUACACACCAACCCCGCCGCCGUCAUAUCCUCCUCCAUAAAACACUUCCAGCAGAACACGAUCGAGGCGGCGUACCUCGGGACCGGCUUCUUCUGGGGUAUGGGUCAGUCGCGGGAUGAUCGUAUUACCGUUACGUUUGGCUCGCCGACAAUUCUGAAAAGAAUUCUCAUCGCGUCCGGGAAUACGGAUCAUCCCGGCGAUUCCUUUGCUAGCUCAGUCAAACUGCAGUAUCUCACGCAGGAGGAAAACAGCAAAAACCCGACAUCUCCAUCCUGGCAAGAUCUCUGUACUCCAGACACAAAAGGCACCUUUGACUGCAAACUCAAGGCCGAUAUCAAGGAGCUGAAAGCGAUAAGCAUUCUGUUUGCCGAAGAUAGCAAGCAGUGGAUUCUCGUGCCCGGGGUGUACCUUCACGUAUGAUCCUUGGAUGGCUGCUCCCUGCCAGUGACUCCUUAUCAACAAAUGUGUUGUACGGCUGUGUAUGGGUAGCCCUGAUCUUGAUGUCCUGCCACUGGCAAGUAUGAUGUCAUGUAGCCGGGACUCCCCCCCCCCCCCCCCCCCGCGCGCGCGCGCGCAUCGUGACAUUCUCAUCUGGCAGAAUGUCCACGGUGCAAUCUUCGCCUUCAGUUACAGUAGCUCAAUACCGGAUAAUUAUCCCGGACGGUGGUCUCUUGCUUGUCUUGACCACAUCUCUCUACAAGCACGUAGGUGUGGUUUUAAGAACCGCCAAGAAGUGACUAUCUUCCACUACGCCGCAGAAAGAUGCCCAUAACUCAUAAGGCUGUGUGACUUGGCUUCACAAAACCCUUUGUUUCUGUCUCUGGAUGAUCCAUGAUCCCGGGCAGCGUUGCCGGAAUCUGUCGUAGACUAACUCUUAUAUCCACUUGACGUAUUAGCCCGCACACCACACACACGCGCGCGCGCGCGCACACACACACACACACACACACACACACACACACACACAGCAGUGCAGGCCCAGGGCCAGCUCCCAAGGGGUGAUGCGGCCCCAGGUCGGCCAGGGCAGAUAAUUUCCGCAUGCCCUAUGUCAGUGUCAUGGGAUGAUUCAUCUCUAGCUAUCUGUUGCAGCAUCACAUCUGAUUGUUCCAGCUUGUUGUUGCUUGUUCCAUCUUGUUGUUGGUUGUUCCAUCUUGUUGUUGGUUGUUCCAUCUUGUUGUUGGUUGUUCCAUCUUGUUGUUGGUUGUUCCAUCUUGUUGUUGGUUGUUCCAUCUUGUUGUUGGUUGUUCCAGCUUGUUGUUGCUUGUUCCAGCUUGUUGUUGGUUGUUCCAUCUUGUUGUUGGUUGUUCCAGCUUGUUGUUGGUUGUUCCAGCUUGUUGUUGGUUGUUCCAUCUUGUUGUUGGUUGUUCCAGCUUGUUGUUGCUUGUUCCAGCUUGUUGUUGGUUGUUCCAGCUUGUUGUUGCUUGUUCCAGCUUGUUGUUGGUUGUUCCAGCUUGUUGUUGUUGGUUGUUCCAGCUGUUGCAGCAUCACAUCUGGUUGCUCCAGCUUGUUGUUGGCUGUUCCAGCUUGUUGUUGGCUGUUCCAGUUGUUCCAGCUGUUGCAGCAUCACAUAUCGCUAGCAACAGAUACACUGUAAUGUGCAUGUCUACAAUUAGUUCAGUAGUCCUCACAGGACAUGAUGUACCUGCACAGGACAUGAUGUACCUGCACACACUUGAUCAUGCACUGGACAUCUGUGAAAUCUGGAAUUGGCGGAGAGUGGCAUGGCCAUGCGAGCCGUACCAGUGGCGUCGUCGGCCCUGCUCGGCACGCAUACCCCUGCCCGUCGUACCAGUGGCGUCGGCGGCCAUGCUCAGCAGCACGCAUACCCCCCCCCCCCCCCCGGCCCUGUUUCCUGCUGGCUCUCACGGCAGCCGUACCAGUGGCGUCGGCGACCCUGCUCAGCAGCACGCAUACCCCCCCCCCCCCUGGCCCUGUUUCCUGUUGGCUCUCACGGUAGCCGUACCAGUGGCGUCGGCGACCCUGCUCAGCAGCACGCAUACCCCCCCCCCCCCCUGGCCCUGGCCCUGUUUCCUGUUGGCUCUCACGGUAGCCGUACCAGUGGCGUCGGCGGCCCUGCUCAGCAGCACGCCUCCCCCCCCCCCCCCGGCCCUGUUUCCUGUUGGCUCUCACGGCAGCCGUACCAGUGGCGUCGGCGGCCCUGCUCAGCAGCACACAUACCCCCCCCCCCCCUGGCCGUGUUUCCUGUUGGCUCUCACGACGUUUGCCUUGCUUCUUAGACUGCAGCGCUUGUCGUUGCCAUGGCGCCCCACGGUGCUGGACUAGAGUUGCUUAUGUCUACCGUUCCCUAUAACUGACCCUCUUGACACACGUAGACACGCACGCAAACACACGUUCUCGCGCUUGCUGUGAUUUUUGAUUUCUAUUUAUUAGCGUGUUCCCGUUUUGAAACUGUGUAUGCAUUGCCCUCAGCCCUCAGCCUCGCUAACUAAGUUAGGAGUGGCAAUAACUUAUUGGGUA